UCAGUCGCGUAUUUUUAGAGCUCAAGAUGGGAUCGAUUUUCGCUGUUGUGCUGCUGCUGCUGCUGGCUGUGGCCUCGACUCUGGCCAACCCCACAUAUUAUAGAGAUGGCUACCAAUCCGCAAACAGUUUGAUCAGUGGCACCAAAACAGGCGGUCCAUUUCAUACAAACAAUCUCGAUGCUGGUCUCAUUUCGGGUGGCGCGAGUGGCGGACCCUUCCAAAACCCACAGGAGAGUGGUGGGCUGAUAAGUGGCAGCCACUCGGGCGGACCUUUUAUUGGCAAGAGCCAAAACUCGGGACUCAUCAGUGGAACACAUGGAGCAGCAGGCGGUCCGUUUGGCCAUACGGAGAGCCCCUUUGGCGGUUCAGCGGGUGGCGGUGGCUUGUACAACGGCCUGAAUACAGGAGGACCAUAUAGAGAUCAUUAUUAUCUUAAUUAAA